AUAUAUAAGCAUGUUUCCCAACCAACAUAUUGCAGCUUAAGUCAGAACAUCUCCUUCAGCAACAACUAGGCAAUUCUUAUACAUCUCUGCUUCAUUUUUCAUCCUCUGCAGCUAGUUUUUCACUUAUCAGAUUCUGUGCACUUGGCCAAGCUUAAUGUUGUCCAAUUCAUACCGUUUUGCCCCUUUCAGUAGCAAAGCUAAUCCUUUAAUUUCAAUUCAGCAGCAAGUUGAUAUCGGCGCAUCGUCAGCCAUGAAUUUUCAGGAAUUUGGAGCUGCAUUUGAUCCAAUCGAUAUCCUUUCUAGCUGGAAUAUCUCUCAGCGUCAAGAAGCUGCGACGAGAUUGGCUGCAGACUCUGUCGCUGCUAAAUCAGGAGCAGGUUCAAUUGGGGAUUGUACUAAUAGUAAAAUUGGUUCAUCUUCUUCUUUUCCUCCGCGGAACAAUUAUUUGCCUUACUUGGGUAAUAAUCAAGUUCCUAUUUGUGGCUUAAUGGCGGAUGUUAGUUCAAUUGGCCUAUUCUCAAAAAACAGAUCCCCUGAUUGCUUGCUUUCUGCAACCAAUACAAGCAACACCAACACAUCGGGCGAAUUAGAUGAUGUGAUUUUCUCUGAUGAUUCUGAAAGCUUGUGGAAUAUCCACACUAACAAUGCAGUUUCAUCCGGAGAAUCUGCAAUUGAUGCCUACAAAUCAAAACCCAUUGAUGCCAAUGACAACAAUAAUAUUCACUACUCUGUUAAUGAGCUUGAUGAAACAGUCUCGUGUAACAAUUUUAUAACAUCUUCAGAAGGAAAUCGUUACAAUAUGGACAAGAGAAGCCACAAUGCUCUGCUCGAAUCAGAUUCCUCGAACAGAGACUACGUAUUCCAGCUCAUUUCGGAAAAUGAUCAACCUAAGUCCAAGAAAUCCAGAUCAGAAUACAAGCUUCCAAGUUCAUCGAACAUCAAUUUCCAGCAAGCUAGUUCUUCGGCUUGUUCAAUAGUUGAUCCUGAUUCAGAAGCAAUUGCACAAAUGAAGGAAAUGAUUUAUCGCGCAGCAGCAUUCAGGCCAGUGAGCUCUGUCAGGGAAGAUGUGAUGGCAGAGAAGCCGAAGAGGAAGAACGUAAGAAUAUCAAUGGAUCCACAAACAGCUACAGCGAGACGAAGGAGGGAAAAGAUAAGCGAAAGAAUAAGGAUAUUGCAGAAGCUGGUACCAGGAGGAAGCAAUAUGGACACUGCAUCCAUGCUUGAUGAGGCUGCAAACUAUCUCAAGUUCUUAAGGACACAAGUGAAUGCCUUGGGAGCAUUUGGCUUUAAUAUAGACCCAAGUAUCAUUAACAAUAACUUUACUACUUCUUUAUCUUCAAUACCAUUAAUCAACUACCCAUUUCCCUUGCAACCACAUUUUCCUAUGCAAAACCUCAAUCCAAUCCAUCACCCUAAGUGUUGAUUUACGAUCCCGGAAAGAGUUUAAUUAAUGUAAAAAUAAAAACAUAUUAUCAGGUCAAAUAUACAUGUUACAACAGGUAACAUGAUUUAUUAUCAA